AAAUGAUACUCUUCCACCCCCUCCGCCGCCUCUCCCCACAGUCACAUCUCCAUCUGCACAAAUAGGAAUAUCCAAUUCACCUUCAACACAUAACCGUUCCCAGUCUCGCCAAUCAAUUGUUUCAACAAUGUCUAAUGGAGACAGAAUGCAAGAGGAAUUGACAAGUGUCCUGACCUUAGUAAGAGAAAGGUCUAAACAGAAACACUUAUUAGAUAUUAAACAAACACCAGAAACAUAUAUCAAUCAAAAAUCAAAUCCAACAGAAGUUAAAGAAUGGCUAGCAAUGAAAGGUUUCAAUGAAAUAAUUCAGAAUAAAUUCGAGGGGGUAGCCGGACAUGACUUAUUCGAUAUGAAUAAAACGGAGUUGGAGAGAGUAUGCGGCCAGGAAGGAAAACGACUUUACUCUCAGCUGAAUAUCCAAAAAUCUAUCAGUGGGUAUCAAACCGUUAGGACCACUGAACUGAAAGCUAUUCUGGCCAGAGCUAGGCAAAAAAUUGAGUCUUCUAGACAUUCUGCAUUUUGUCCAAUGGCCGACACUUCACACUUGUAUGGCUUGGUGAGCUAUGACAUCAGAGCAUUUAGUCAGGACGAGAAACCG